UUAGUUGUUUCGUUCUGUAGCAGCAGUGCACCAGGGAUACUACUUCCUGCAGUCCUUACAGCUGCACGAAGGCUACUUGAUAUUGAGUUCAUCAAUUGCUUACCAUUACUGCCUGUGUUGGAUUUCGUUCCAAAGUGGAUAAUCAGGUGUACCAAGGAAGAUGAUCAGAUGGAUGAAAAAGCAACCGCAGAUGCUUAUUUGUCAUUAUGGAAGGCACUCCUGGAGCGCAGUGAGUACACUGAAACAAUGCUUGAUAAAUCUAUAAAUAUUUGCGCUGUCCUUCUUCUCAAUUAUCUAACUCAAUCAAAUGAAGACGUGCGGGACGUACCUGAUCCACGCUUACAUGACUACGAAAUCACUAUGCCAAUAUCUAUUAUCCUUCAUAAGGUGAUAUUCAAACAUAAGCUGCUGAUUACGAAAUUCAUGGAAAGGGUUGGUGGUCUAUCCUGCAGUGAUCUCCUAUGCUCGGAUGACUUAGAUGGUGACUCAUGUUUGCUGCGAUUGGGUAGUUGCGCUCAGUUGGCUCUUCUUUGCGAUCUCUCUGCACACGGAAUUCGUACCGUAGGAAAUAGUGCGUCAACGGUCCAUCGAACUAGCCAAAACGUAGCAGAUUUACUGGUGAUUCUGCGUGAUCGAGUGGAAUUAGUCGCGAAGGAAAAUCCUCCGGAAGAUAACAUGAUUCUGUACCAGUUGAGAGCAAUGUUUGAAUGA